AUGCCUACCUCCGCAGGGGUGUUCAAGCCCCCCAAUGGAGAUGGCCUGAACAAGUACUCUGUCCUCCCACCCAUCCCAAACACACCUUUGCAGGAGGGGGCUUCAGAGGACGAGAUGACCAUGCAGAGGAAGCUGCUGAGGCACAGGAGAAGUAAACAGCAGCAACAGCAGUUGCAUAAGAUCAUGUAUGUCCCUUUAACUUUUUGUUAUUAAAUAAGUCAAGCCAUAAGGUCACUUUACUGUUAUAGUACUGAGAUAUUUAAGAUGACAAUACACAUGAUAGUCAUCCCCUGUUUCAAUUACAAUGAGUCAAAUACAAAUAGUUUUUGUUGCUGUAGUAUUCAUAUUGUGCUCUUUACUCUUGUAGGGUUGCUAGUGCAAUGCAGACAUACAAGAAUGCCAAGGAUUUAAGACCAGUGGCUCCCAUGUCCCCUGAGCCAGAGUUCCCCCCUACUGUGAGAAAUAAUGCUUUCUUAUUGAGUUUCUCAGGCGGAUCUCUUACAGACACCUGUUAUGCUACUGCAUGUCAAUUUACUGCAUACAUUUUGAGUUUUGCUGCAGGUAAUGCGCAUGUCAGAAUUUCUCAAAGUUGUCACCUCUUUAUUUCACAGAUGAGCAGUGAAGAUCGAAAGCGUAGAGUAAGUUGGCUGACUUCUGUUCUCUGAAAAUUGGGUCUUUAGUUUUUUGUGAGAUGCCAACAAAAUACUAUGUUCCUGGUUAUUUGUGUUCAAAAACAAAAUGAUCAACCUAUUUUCCUAUUUCCGAACUGUCGCUCCAUUGUGGCCACACCUGCAGUUGAACUACAUGUUCCUGAAGCAGUGUGUGGAGGGCAGUCCUAUGGUGCCCAUCCAGCAGCAGUGGCUAGAUGCCAUGCUGACCCGCGUUCCCCCCCAGCUGCGUGUGGGUAAGGGGAGAGACGAGCUGCUGCAGGAGCUAUGUAUGGAGGUCAGCGAAAACUUCCUCAGCGGGAUGAUCAAACACACAGGUGUGUGUAUUCAUGUCUAUCUCUGUGUGUCUAGAGUUUAGAAUGUUUUAUUUAAGUGUCACUCCACAAUGAUAUAAUAAUUUUUUUUUUUACCACAUUGUGGACCACUCAAAUUGAGUUUUGAGACACUAAAAGACAAUCAUAGUCAAACAUGGUACAGACAUAAUCUAUAUUACAUUACAUCAUCUAUACACAUUUAUGCAUAAAAAAAUAAAAUAAAAAAAUACAGUAGAAUAAAGGGACAGUUAGGCACUUAUAAAGAAAUGUCUCGGAGGAUAAGGUAGCAGGCUUUGGUGCAGGCAUUUACAUUGUUACCUGAUAAAAGUUCACACAAUUUAUUAUUUUCAUCUAGACCGUUAAAAUUAUAAUUUUGGCUGGACAGCUGAUGAAAACGAUCAUCCCUAAUGUCGCUGUAUAGCCCACAGUCAAGCAAGACAUGAGCUUCUGUUUCAAUGGAACCGUUGUUACAAAAAGUACAUACUGUACACAUUUGUAUACUGUACACAUUUGUAACGAGUGUUUGUGUAUCGACCAGUCUCAAUAGCGAGAGGGGCCACACUCCACAUCUACAUUUUGCAAAAGAGCUUCGAUAUUUCAUGGAACUCAGUCGGGGUCUCAACGUACUGUUGAGAGUUAGAAUAGUAGAAUACACAAGGUGCAAGUUCAAAAUGUGGUUGUGCAUCAGCAGCCAGUCACUGACAGUCACUCAAUUAGCCAUGUCAGUUAACAAUUUUUAGAUUGGUAAAUUAUCUAAACUUUUGCCCAGGGGCACUGACCUCCAGGGGGCCUCCAUUGAUUUUGUUAGUCACUCUCACUCAGAUAUCAUUAUCAUGGCAUAAGUCAUAACACAAUUGUACACAUUUUUCCAUGGGGUGGAGAUGCAUUUUUGCAGUUUUAAAGCUCUCUCCACCCCAUGGAAAAAUUUGUAGAAUUGCAGGAAAUUAGCUUUAUAACUGCAAAAAUGUAUCUCCACCCCAUGGAAAAAUGUGUAGAAUUGCAGGAAAUUAGCUUUAAAAUGGCAAAAAUGUCUCUGCCGCAUGGCAAAAUGUGUAGAACUGUAGAAAACGUGCAUUAAAACUGCAACAUCUUAUCUAUGCCCCAUGACAAAAUGUGUAUAAUUGCAGGACAUUCACUUUAAAACUUAAAUUUUUCUCGCCACUAAGGGGGCCCCCCAACCAAAUCUCGCUUAGAGCUCCCAAAAGGCUAGAGCCGGCCCUGGGGUUAUGCCCAAAAGUUUAAAAAAGCAGUAGGUGCGCAGUUUGUUACUUUCUGGUUUGUUUAUCAGUUGCUACCAUUUUAUUUCAUUGCUUUCUAAGAGUGCUGAUUUAAAAGCAUUUUGGUCAUUUCUAGAAUACACUCGGUCUGUAUCAGUGAGCUAAGUCAUAUGGAUGAAGAUGAAAAAAGGCUUUGACAUAGAAAACAUUUCUUUGCAAUUGCAACAUCACUAGCCCAUAAAAAAACAUGUUUACAUAGACAUUCAUUUGGCAGGCUGCAAAGUGUCUGCCAAUAUUCUUUUACAGAUACAUAGCCACAGGUGAUGCCAUAGAGUUGUGUAGCCCAUAUUGCGUUGAAUAGCAGCAUUAUAUUAUUAAUGUCAUAGAUUGUGUCUCACAUCAGUAUUUACAAUCUGUCCCCUUUAGUGAAUACUGUGCUCAAGAAACCACAGAUGAAAGGGGCGGUUCUGUCAAGACAUAGAACUCCAUCAGCAAAGUGAGUGUCUCAACAAUACACAACCAGCAUAUUCAUAACUAAUCAAUCCACCACAGAGACAGAUUGGCAUAUUGUGGCAAAUAAUGUGCCAUUAAUUGAUUGGAUGUUUGAUUAAUCAUAUUUUGUCAAUUAUACUUAAUAUUUAUUUGCAGAGCUCUGGAUUUCUCCAGACCAUGGCAUGACAGUUUUGUGAGGAGUCGCAAGGAGAUAAAGGAGAAUCUACACAUUCUUCAUCCAGUGAUGAGGAUAAUCCUGGACAUCGGCUAUGGGACAUUUUCACAUCUGCUAUUGGUUGAUCUUACUGACUGCAGGUAAAAUUGUUCAAUCACAGCACCACAAGUAUAAGAAUAAACACCUGUUUUUCUUCAAGUUCUGUCUUCACAUAUGUUUUUAUUAUGUAUUUUUAUUUUGUGUUGUGGUAAGGUCCACGGGGCCUGUAGCCUGUGAGAGCCUGAAGCACAAAUUGGCAGUGGAGUGUGAGAGGAUCGAGGAGCGCAUCAUGAACACCUGGUUCCCCAAGGUCAUCCACCUGCUGACCAGCAAGGAGACGCUGCAGGAGGUCAGAGCCGAGAAACUGGACUCUUUCUACAACUGUGUCUCCACACUUAUCUCCAACCAGGUGAGAAGGUGAGGUUUUGAUCAGUACUGGUGUUUUUAGGAGCAAGUCCAGCUUAUCUUGAUGUUCUGUUUUUGAAUGCGUUUUUCCACAGUUAAGAUCCUUAGUGGAGAGAAGCAUGGAAGAGUUUGUCAGCUUAUUCGAUCCGCGCAAUGUUUACCGGUUGCCUCUCUUUCGCAUGGAUUUGACUUUUGAUGAUGAGAAGAUGGAAUUCUACCCCAGCUUCCAGGACCUUGAGGAAGCUGUUUUAGAAAUGCUGAACCUGAUCACCAACACCAUGCAGGUAUGAAUCUCACGAGUGUGUCGGGAUAUUCUUAGUCACACAAAUGACUAUGCUUCAUAAUCAGUGUGAAUAAAUACAUAUUUGAUCAUAGUCCAUGUUUAGCUUUGCAUCUUGUUGGUGACAAAUCACUCUUAUCUCUGAUGUGGCUUCACAGAAAGUCCAGACUGUCCAGUCUUGGCUGGCCGAGGCCAACAGCUCUGUAAUUGAUGCCAGACUGGCGGACCAUGUCCUGCUAUGUGCCCAGACCACCAUAAGGUCUGCCGUACGUAAGAACCUGGAGGAGCCUGAUAGACACUUCCAGAACUAUGGUGAGAAACUAUCAUUCUAGCGUCUAGCAAUUAAAGAGAACUGAAUAGCCCAACUACUGGGUUGAAUGAAAGUUAAUAUAGUGAAGGUUAAUCUGUCCUAAACCCCCUUUGCUUCUUUACAGUUGACAACUACGAUUGGCUGGUCAAUGGGACAGCACAAGCUAUAGUGGACAAGUUUGUUGAGGAGGAACACUCUUUUGAUGAGUAUACUGAGGUAAGGGAGAGCAAGACAGAGGUCAGGUUGGAUAGCUACAUAUAUUGUAUGAAUGUAAUAUGUAUGUCUGUGUCUUGUUCCACAGCAAGUGGAAGAGUUCCGUGUCCUGUCUAAGGAGAUUGUCAGUCUGCCGGCGAUAGCCCACUUUGCCAUGGUGUGUCUGGACUGUGAGGAGCUGAAACAGGGGCUGGCCAAGACGGCUAAGACCUUUGCUCAGAUCCUCCUGGAUAAACUAAUCACCAACCACAGAGAGCACAGUCUGCAGUAAGAUCACAGAUUGAUCCACCAUUUUCUGAUAACUUCCCCUAUAAAUACAGUAAAUAACUGUCAUAUUCAGUGCAAAUCUUACUCCUCUGUGCCUCCUCCAAGGAUCUGCCACGAGUUUGAGACCAUCAAGGAGAAAGCCCUGAAAGUUCCUGAGACCACGGAGGACAUGACUGACAUGAUAGGUUACAUUGGUCAUGCCAAGACAAAGGGCAUUGAGGAGCUCAAUGCCAAAAUAAUGGUAAGUAGCUGAUGAACAAGGGCCUAAUCCUGUCUUAAUACUCAUGUAGUGCAUAAUGUACUUGAAGUAACUAAUGUGUAACUGUAUGUGACUCAUCAUGAGCCUCUGUACCUUUUUAUCUUCUCGCAGGAGACCCACCACAGACUGAACUACCUGUUGGACGUCCACAUCUUUGACCCAGAAGACCUUGAGUUGAACUCAACAGUCCUCAUCUGGCCACAGAAGAUAUACCCCGUGUUCGAUCUCAAUGAUGAGGUAACAUACUCCUUCAUUCUGGACAAACCCAAAAUGUUUUGCAUGUCAGUGAAGGGGGUAAUUAAGCCCUUCCACUAACAUUGUUCUUUCUUCAUACAGCAAUAAUUUUGUGCUGCGUCCUUCCCCAGGUGAUGUUGAAGGCCAAGCAGAGAGGAGAGCAGGAGCUGCUGUGCCGUAGAGAGAGGCUGAUGCUGGAGCUAGACAAGCUAGGACGCAGAAUGGAGGAGUUUGCAGAGUGCUCUGAGCUUGACAUGAUGCAGCAGGUAACAGCACAAUCUCUCUGGAAAGUGUCUGUCAAGUUGAGAAACAUAUCAGCACAUUUUGACUGAUCUUUACCUUUUGAUCAGUAUGUGACUGACGUGAGGACAGUCCAGAAGAGGCUUCAGGAUGCCGAGGAGGCCAUCGACUUCAUCAACAAAGAGGAGACUCUGUACAAAUGGGACCUGUCAUCUUAUCCCGUGGUGGAAGUCAUCAAGGAGAGCAUCGAGCCCUACCAGAAGCUCUUUGGCCUGGUGCUGAAGUGGCAACGCACAGAGAAGAGGUCUGUGGGCGGUUUAGGUUGUUGUCACCCUCUCCAUGUCAUGUAAUAUGACGUAGGUCUUAAAACAAUGUAUGGUUGCUUCAUGUCCCUGUCUGACAUGUUCAGGUGGAUGGACGGCUCCUUCUUGGACCUGAAUGGAGAGAGCAUGGAGGUGGAGGUGGACGAGUUCUUUAGGGAGAUUUACAAGAUGCUCAAGUUCUUCCAGCAGAAGCAGAAGAAGGCAGAGCAGAUGGUGGGAGGAGGGGUGAAGAGGAGGCCCGGGGAGGAGGACCCAGGGAAGCAGGAGCGCCCCACUGCACUCAUCUGCUCCACAGUCAUGGAGCAAGUCAAGGACUUCAAGGUAACCACAUGGAAACAAUUACCAUGUGAGAUAACUUUUGUUUAGUGUUGGUGGGAUGUAUGUGGGGUUAUGAUGGAUGUUUAGAUUAUAGACCAGUGGUAUUCAAAAUCAGGGUCACUGCGGUGGGGUCGCCAGAAUUAAAACUACAUUUUCUAGGAACAAAAAUGAAGAUUACAGACUAUUGUAUGGGACAAUAUACAAAAGUUUUUGAGAACGAUAAUUUGAAAAAUACAAUUUUGUUGAGUAAAUUUGUUUAUUGGUUUCUUUUCAUUUUGAUAAGGGACACAAAUGCAAUGAAAUGAACAAAAACUGGGUCCCCGCUGAAAAAGUUUGAAUACCACUGCUAUAAGACCAUAAAUAUACUGUAGAUGUAUGACCUAAUGACUUAACUUCUACUGCUAAUGUGUUUUUGUUCACAGGAGCACAUCCCCACGGUGUCCAUUCUGUGUAACCCAGGUAUCAGGGCUCGCCACUGGGUUCAGAUGUCUGACAUUGUGGACUACGACCUCACGCCUGACUCUGGCACCACCCUGCGGAAAGUGCUCAAGCAGAACCUCGCCCCGUACCUCGAGCAGUUUGAAACCAUCAGUGCUGCUGCCAGUAAGGUGAGAAAUGGGGAUCAUUUCAUGAGAUAGACUUGUGUGACAUGGCAUAGCCCACAGCUAAGGAUGCUCUGAACUGAAAAGCUCUAGUGUGAAAAGCCUAUUUAAAGGGAUGAUGAAUAUCUUAAUUCCUCCUAUAGGAGUUUUCUCUGGAGAAGGCCAUGCAGACCAUGGUGGAGGUUUGGGAUGGAGUCUCCUUCCACCACCACCCCUACAGGGAGUCUGGGGUGUCCAUCCUCACCGCCGUGGACGAGAUCCAGACCAUGCUGGACGACCAGAUCGUCAAGACCCAGACUAUGAGGGGCUCAACCUUCAUCAAGCCCUUCGAGAGUGAGAUCAAGGUGGGCUUUAUGUCAAAGCAAAACUUAUUGUCCUUCCUCUCUCUUUCUCACCCUUGAUAAAUGCUUCCUGUAGGUGCUCUCCCCCAAAUCCUAACCUUUUACCAUUAUUGGAGAAAACGCAAAGCUGACCCUAGAACAGCAUCCAGGGGCGAUUUGAUCCUACUCUGAUCCUCUUUGUGUGUGAGGUGUGGGAGGAGCGUCUGAUCCGUAUCCAGGAGACCAUAGACGAGUGGCUGAAGGUGCAGGCCCAGUGGCUCUACCUGGAGCCCAUCUUCUCCUCCGAGGACAUCAUGCAGCAGAUGCCUGAGGAGGGGCGGCUCUUCCAGACUGUCGACAAGCACUGGAAGGAGGUCAUGAGGCACUGCGUCAAGGACCCCAAGGUAGGAGCUUUUAGGCCUCACAGGUGCGAGUAUGGGGAGGAUAAAGGAGUCUUUAUCAGGGAUGUCUUUGAAUGUACUUAGCUAUUUUUAAUUUUUGCAGAUAUUGUCAGCGACUUCGUUGCCCGGCCUGCUUGAACGACUCCAAGAUUCCAACAACCUUCUGGAUAAAAUCAUGAAGGGACUGAACGCAUACCUGGAGAAGAAACGUCUCUUCUUUCCUCGGUAAUGAAAUGUACAGUAUUUUGAAAUGUUUGGCUCUAGUUGUGCAAGAAUUCAGAUUUAAUUCCUUUCCCUCUCUCCCAUUCCUCCACCUCCCUCCCAUUCCUCCACCUCCAGCUUUUUCUUCCUGUCCAACGAUGAGAUGCUGGAGAUUCUGUCGGAGACCAAGGACCCGUUGCGCGUGCAGCCCCAUCUGAAGAAGUGCUUUGAGGGCAUCGCCAAGCUGGACUUCCUCCCUAACCUGGACAUCCAGGCAAGUAGAUCGAUCAGUGGAAGCAGAUCAUGUCAACUUAAUUUACUACAAAAGCAGUGA